AUGGGCCUAUUCUAUGAUCAUACAGAUUUGCUAUUCGCCUUUCGAAAACGUGACAAUACGGAAGUCGACACACAAAACACACCCUAUGAUUAUUAUUCAUUGCUGCAUUAUCGUCAUGACGCAUUUACUAAAAACGGCUUGGAUACAAUUGUGCCACUUCAAUCUGGUGUUGUGCUCGCAGAGCCUAAAACAUUAAGUGCAAUUGAUAUUCAAAAAGUUCGACUCUUCUAUGGGUGUGAUGGAACAGGAAUUACAUUACCUCCAACAACUGAACCGGAUGGUUUUAACCCAAACAUUUAUUAUCGUUUGACAACGCAAUGGCAAGGUGAUGGUAAAUCUCUUGAUAUUAUUAAUGAUGGUACUAAUAAUAAACCUAUACUUGCUGCAACCGCUGCUCUGACUGGACAAUAUUGGAAGAUUACUUCAAUUGGAAAUGGAUAUUAUCGUUUAACAACACAAUGGCAAGGUGAUGGUAAAUCUCUUGAUAUUAUUAAUGAUGGUACUAAUAAUAGGCCUAUACUUGCUGCAACCGGUGCUCUGUCUGGACAAUAUUGGAAGAUUACUCCAAUUGGAAAUGGAUAUUAUCGUUUAACAACACAAUGGCAAGGUGAUGGUAAAUCUCUUGAUAUUGUUAAUGAUGGUACUAAUAAUAGGCCUAUACUUGCUGCAACCGGUGCUCAGACUGGACAAUAUUGGAAAAUUUCUGCUGUGUGA